CAGCUUUCCCUGCUCCGACUGACGGCCGGAUUUCCAGCAGCACGGCCUCCCGCCGGGUCACGUGCUCCUCUCAGCUGUACGGAACGGCGGUCGCACAAUGGCGGCGCCCAUGAACCAGCCUGUCGGCCCUCAGGUCCCAGCGGGCGGCGGCGCCCCAGGGCCCCAGCUCGGCCCCGGGGGAGGACAGCAGCAGCAGCAGCUCGGUCUCCCGCAGCAACAGCAGGAUUUUGACCCGGUGCAGAGAUACAGGAUGCUCAUCCCCCAACUGAAGGAGAGCCUGCAGAAUCUUAUGAAAAUUGCAGCCCUGAACCUGGCCCAAAACACCAAUAUUGAUAAUGGACAGAAGAUUGCUGAUCUCCCAGUUCAGAGGUUUGAUAAGAGCUUGGAGGAGUUCUAUGCCCUGUGUGACCAGCUGGAGCUUUGCUUGCGACUGGCCUACGAGUGCCUAUCUCAGAGCUACGACAGCGCCAAGCACUCCCCCACGCUUGUGCCUACAGCUACCAAACCAGAUGCCGUGCAGACGGAGAGCCUUCCUUACACCCAGUAUCUCAGCAUGAUCAAGUCGCAGAUCUCUUGUGCGAAGGACAUACACAAUGCCCUGCUGGAGUGUUCCAAAAAGAUCAUGGGCAGAAGACUGUGAUUUCAGCGUUGCCAACGGUGACGAAUGCCAAUGGUUCAUCACCAAGGUGACACUGUUGUCCUUUUUUAUUUUUUUUUCUUCCUCCUGUGUGGCCCCGCCCCCUUGCACUGCUGUGUAUCUUCCUGCUCAUUGACUGUUUAUUCCUUAGUAAAUAUGCGUUUUCACAUUGAGCAUAAUCUGCAUUGUGGUCAGAGGUCGGUGUGACAUCCUCCCGCCUCCUUUCUGAGGAUGAUACCCAUCUGUGGCAGAGACCACCUCCCUCUGUACAUGUGCCCGCAGAAGAUGGUAUCCUUCGUUCGUGUCUGGAACGAUCGGCAAAUAAAUUGUUUCAUUCACUCCACGUUUGUGUCCUAAAGUAAAAGCCGUGCCUGGGUUGUAUUGUACCUGGCAGACAUUUUCCUGAA